AUGCACGAAGUGCGCAGCCACAGAUGUUUCCAUCUCUUAGCGUGCAGUAGCGGGAGUUACCGGGUGUAUCGCUGCGCCAGGAGGGGAACCUGGCUGGGUGAAGUUUGUGUGAGAGACAUAGCUCUUGGGUUGGAAGAUUUCCUCUCUGUAGGUGACACUUCUGGAACAGAGGAGGAUACAGACUUAGCUAUCUUAUAUGGAACUUUGCGAGGAAGCGUUGUUGGAUUACGAUACUACACGGGGAUUGUUAAUAACAAUGAAAUGGUUGCACUUCAGAGGGAGCCCAAUAAUCCUUAUGAUAAAAAUGCAGUGAAAGUAAAUAAUGUGAAUGGAGACCAGGUAGGCCAUAUAAAAAAAGAACUAGCGGCAGCAUUGGCAGGCAUUAUGGACAACAAACUAGCAGUAGUUGAAGGAGUUGUGCCUUACGGAGCAAAAAAUGCCUUUACCAUGCCUGUACAAAUGAGCUUUUGGGGAAGAGAAGAAAACAAGGAAGCAGUGCUGCAUCAGCUAAAAAGGCAUGGAUUUAAAUUGGCUCCUCCUCUGAAAGGUUCAGAAGGUGGUUUUGGAUCAAAGCGGAUUUCUGGGAGAGCUGGUCCAAGUUACAGUGCUCCAGUUCAUGCUGCUGUGCAGUUGACAACUGAACAGCUUAAAAGUGAAUUUGACAAAUUGUUUGAGGAUCUGAAGGAAGAUGAUCAGACUUGUGAAAUGGAAGGAGCAGAGGCUGUUGGCACACUCUUGCUUCCCCAUCAGAAGCAGGCUUUAGCUUGGAUGGUUUCACGUGAGAACAGUAAUGAUUUACCACCAUUUUGGGAAGAGAGAAGUAACUUCUAUUACAAUACACUUACAAAUUUUGCAGAAAAACAGCGACCUAAAAAUGUUCUUGGAGGAAUACUGGCUGAUGAUAUGGGACUGGGUAAAACGCUUACUACUAUUGCAUUGAUUCUCACAAAUUUUCAAGAUGGCAAGCCUCUUCCUGUUGAAAAGAUCACAAGUGAUAAGUUUUAUGAGGAAUCUGGUUCUAACAGCAUGAACAACGUUGGACGCAGACCAUGUGCUGCUAGCAGUCAGUCAGUUGAGACGAAGUACUCUGGUGAUGGCCCAAGAGCAACACUGAUUGUAUGUCCACUGUCUGUCCUAAGCAACUGGAUUGACCAGUUUGAACAACAUGUCCGCCAAGAUUUUCAUGUAAAUAUUUAUGUUUAUUAUGGUUCUGACCGCAGCAAAGACCCAUCAGUUCUUUCAGAACAAGACAUUGUACUGACAACAUACAACAUCUUAGCUACUGAUGUUAGAGGUGACAGCCCUUUACAUAAAGUCAAGUGGCUGAGAAUUGUGUUGGAUGAGGGGCACACUAUACGAAAUCCAAAUGCUCAGCAAACUAAAGCUGCCUUAAAUCUGGAGGGACAAAGAAGAUGGGUACUGACAGGCACUCCUAUUCAGAAUUCUGUAAAGGAUUUGUGGUCUCUUAUUUCCUUCUUAAAACUGAAACCUUUUACUGAUCGAGAGUGGUGGCACAGAACAAUUCAACGUCCGGUCACAAUGGGAGUUCCAGGAGGACUUGAGCGUUUACAAUCUCUGAUUAGGAGGAUUACCCUUAGAAGAACUAAAACAAGUAAAGUUGAAGGAAAACCCAUUUUGGACUUACCAGAACGUAAAGUACUUAUUCAGCAUGUUACGCUUGCAGAGGAAGAGAGACAAAUCUAUCAGUCUGUGAAGAAGGAGGGCAAAGCUGUUAUUAGCAGAUUUUUCAGUGAAGGGACUGUACUAGCUCACUAUGCUGACAUCCUUGGUGUCCUGCUCAGAUUGAGGCAGCUUUGUUGUCAUCCUCAUCUUUGUAUAAAUACGUCUUCUUCUAGUUUUCCAGCUGGUAAUAAAACUCCUGAAGAACUGCGUGAGACAUUAGUGAGUAAAAUGAAGUUGGUUCUGAGCUCUGGUUCAGAUGAAGAAUGUGCAGUUUGCUUGGAAUCACUGACUUUUCCUGUGAUAACACGCUGUGCACAUGUGUUUUGUAAGCCUUGUAUUUUUGAAGUCAUCAGAAGUGAACAGCCAAAUGCCAAAUGCCCUCUCUGUAGGAAUGAGCUUCGAGUAGAGCAUUUGGUGGAAUGUCCCCUAGAAGAGGAAAUGGACUCCAGUAGCGGAAAGAAGUCUGAUCAGAAGUGGAUAUCCAGUUCAAAGAUAAAUGCUCUCAUGCAUGCUUUGAUAGAACUACGGAGGGAUAAUCCAACUGCUAAAUGUCUGGUUGUUUCUCAGUUCACAACUUUCCUGUCACUGAUAGAAAAUCCCUUGAAAGAGUCGGGGUUUGCCUUUACUCGUUUGGAUGGGUCAAUGGCACAGAAGAAAAGAGUAGAAGCAAUUCAGUGUUUCCAAAGCAGCCAAGCAGGAUCCCCAACUGUAAUGCUUUUGUCUCUGAAAGCAGGUGGAGUUGGAUUAAAUCUGACAGCAGCUUCCCGAGUGUUUUUAAUGGACCCUGCUUGGAAUCCUGCUGCAGAAGACCAGUGUUUUGACAGGUGUCACAGGCUGGGUCAGAAGCAUACUGUUGUUAUUACUAAGUUCAUUGUGAAGGAUUCAGUAGAAGAAAAUAUGCUGAAAAUUCAAAACAAGAAGAGAGAACUUGCAGCAGGAGCCUUUGCUACCAAAAAGCCUUCAGCAAGUGAAGUAAAGCAAAACAAAAUUAGUGAAAUUAAGGCUCUAAUUGAUUUAUAG